AAUCAAUAGAACACAACCAGAACCCAGAACAAAAAUGUUUAGACUCCUGAGAUCAUCCCUCCAGAACUUUAAAAGAUUCAACAGCCACUCAGCCCACCCCGUCACUCCCACGCCCUCCAAGGCCCCUUUCAACAACAAGUAUAACUUCAACACCAGUCCUCCUCCGGUGCAUGAAUACUGGAACAUACGUAAUACCAGUUUUCUUUUAGCAUUCAUUCCCCUUUACUUUGCCGUUAGUUACGUGACAAAGAACGGAGUGCAAGAAAUCGAAGGAUUUGGUGGUCUUGUUGAGUUUGCUAAGGGUGAAAAGUCUCCUUUGAAGGAAAUCAAGUUUGGUGAACCCCAAUUACCAACGAAAAAUUGAACCCUCCAAUUCACUGUAAACUAGUCGACAACUGGCUGCAAGUGCAGUUACAUUUCCAAUGGCAUAGUAGUGUUCGAAUCCGGUACGCACCCGGUAUGCUAGGAGAUAUUGAUAUUUAUUACACCCGUCUGCAUUAAUAGGAACCAUACUAAAAUAUAUAUAUACAUUCAAUGUUCAAGCGCCCUAUAUACUACAGUAGAAUGCUCUUAUAAUGUACUAACGACACAUGCCACUCAAUCAUAUAAGGAAAGUAACAUCUAACUUUUACUGUUAUCGCCUCUACAUAUAGUGUGUCUCCCACCUCUGCUUAC